UGAGAUUCCGGGUGCAGGUUCUUAAGACCUUCUGAGGAGUGUUUUACCUUCCUGGAGGAACCAGGAGACUUGAGUCACCUCACCCGGAAGAGCGAGCAUCUCCAGUGAACUCUUGCGGCGCCGGGAGAACCCCGACGUUGCGUGGUAGAGUCCUUCCAGAAGGCGGGGUCUACUCUGGCUGGAUGGCGACCUUAGUUUCUGUACUGCUCUGAUACUUGAGUGGCUUAACCAUGGCCCUGCGGGCAGUGUGGCUCAUACGUCACGAACCAGGAACUCCACUUGGUGGCACCGUCAAAUUCUCCAGACGCUAUCCUACUGUUGAAAAGCGAGCCAAGGUCCUCAAUGGAGUGAAUUAUGUUCCUGUACCUGAAGACGGUCCCUUUCUUAAAGCAUUGCUCUUUCAACUUAGAUUAUUGGAUGAUGAUAAGGACUUCGUGGAGAGCCGUGAUAGCUGUUCACACAUCAAUAAAACAUCCAUCUAUGGGCUCUCAGUAGGAGGUGAAGAUCUCUGGCCAGUCAUCGCUUUCCUGAGGAAUGACAUGAUCUACGCAAGUGUUCCAUUAGUUGAACAAGCUCUGUCCCCUCGCCCACCUUUAAUUAGUAUUAGUGGGGUGUCACAAGGCUUGGAACUGCUUUUGGGAGUACAUGAUUUUCUUUACUCCAGUCAGAAAAACGACACUGACCUCCACAGCAGACUGAGUCAGUUGCCUGACUUGCUUCUGCAGGCCUGUCCUUUGGGGACUCUAUUGGAUGCUAACUUGCAGAACUCACUGAAUAGCCUUAACCUCGUAUCUGUGACUCAGCCACAAAAACAGCCAGCCUGGAAAGUUGGAACAUACAAAGGAAAAGCACAGAUUUCUAUUUCUAUCACUGAGAACGUAAAAUCCAUGCAAUAUGGUAAACAGGAUAUAGCAGACACAUGGCAGGUCGUUGGGACAGUCGCUUGCAAGUGUGAUUUGGAGGGAGUCAUGCCAAAUGUCACCAUCAGCUUGAAUCUGCCCACCAAUGGGUCUCCACUUCAAGACAUUAUUGUUCAUCCUUGUGUGACUUCUCUGGAUUCUGCCAUCCUGACCUCCAGUAGCAUUGACACAGUAGAUGACUCUGCAUUCAGUGGGCCAUAUAAAUUUCCAUUCACUCCACCCUUAGAGUCCUUCAACUUAUGCCACUACACUUCUCAGGUUCCUGUCCCACCAAUACUGGGUUCUUACCACAUGAAAGAAGACGGAGCACAACUGAAAAUAACAGUUAAUUUAAAACUACACGAAAGUGUGCGGAAUAAUUUUGAAAUCUGUGAAGCUCACAUACCUUUUUACAACAGAGGUCCAAUUACCCAUUUGGAAUACAAAGUUAGUUUUGGUCAACUUGAGGUGUUUCGAGAAAAAAGCUUAUUGGUCUGGAUUAUUGGCCAGAAGUUCCCCAAAUCAAUGGAGAUUAGCCUUUCAGGAACUCUAACUUUCAGAGUUCGGGGCCAUAACAGGCAGCCGUUUGACCACAUUUGUAUUGGAAGCACAGCAUAUGUAAAGCUUAAUUUUAGGAUUGCAGAUUAUACACUCACCGGAUGUUACGCAGAUCAGCAUUCGGUUCAAGUGUUUGCUUCAGGAAAACCAAAGAUAAGUGCACAUCGGAAACUAAUUUCUUCUGAUUAUUACAUCUGGAAUUCUAAAGCAUCUGCUCCAGUAACAUAUGCAUCAUUGUUACCAUGACUUUUUUCAUAUUCAAAGGGAUUUAUAUGAUGGUAACAUUCUGUAGUAGAAUCAUAGUAUUUUAAUUUUUUACAUGCGUUCACACCACUUAUGACUGAAAAAUUAGAGUGAUUUCUUUAUGAAAACAUUCAUAAUUUAUGUUUUCAGUCUGGUGCAGUGUGAAAGAAUAUUUUCAAGGCUAACGUCUCCCCGGUUUUUGUUACCCUCUAAUUUCAUGCCACCACAACUCAGAAUGUAUAAAAGCAGUGGUUGGCUCUGGCCGAAGACUGGUCCUGAGUCUGCCACGCACUCCUUCCUUUUCCAUGGCAAGACAGUGCUUCAGUCAGAGCCCCUUCCUUGAGGAAGAGCUCGGCCUUUCCUGGUGCAGGUUCAGACAGCCAUCCUAUGGGCUGUAGUCGAUUUACAAGGAAACUGUGUGCUUACCCAAACCUCAGUACAGACAGUGCUACUACAGAAUACCCAUGGUCUGGUUAAGUAGUCAUAAACGGCUUCUUUCAAAGCAUUUGGGAAAACGUUCAAAUAGUAACCUGCUCUUCAUCGCAUCCCCUACCGGCCAAUAGGCCUCCAUGGUUCUGUUUACGUUCUAGAGCUACUGUCUUUCUGAAACAGGCUCUCAUGAAACUUGGGCUGGCCUGGGCCUCACUGUGUAGCUCAGGAUGAUCCCUCUCAAGUGCUGGGGUUACAGUGGUAAACUACCAUGUCCAGUGCCCUUCUAGGGAUCGAACUCAGGGCCUCAUGCUUGCCAGACCAGGACCCCAGAGCUGAGCCAUGACUCUGCUGCUCUAGGGCUGCCGUAACCAAGGCAGUAGGGUGACAGAACAGCUGUCCAGGAUGCCAGUGGACCUAAGGCUGCCGCAGUGAGCCUCGUGACCUGUGAUUACGUAGUCCCUGGACACGUUUAGAUAAUUGUAGGUAUCACAGUGUUUGUUUGUUUGUUUGUUUGUUUGUUUGUUAAUUAAGCUGUUGAUGAAUGGACUUAGGUAAGCACCCAGAAGCCUUCCUGUGGGUAUCAUUUAGACUUACUUAAUAUAGCACUUUUUCUUUAGGUCUGUCCCCAUCAUUUCUUUUUAUCAUUUUCUUGAUUCCUUAAAAACUGUCUUUCCAUGCUCCUUAUCCUCUCCCAUUUCCGCAAUUCCACAACAUAUCUUUGUUCAAGGCAGCGUGCUGUCCUCAAAUUUGGCUUUAAGUGACUAUUUUAAAAAGUCUGAAGAUCCCAGGAACUUAACUGAUGCCAAAUUUAGAAGCCUGACAAAAAUAUGAGUUACAGAAUAAUAUUUAAUUAAUUUAAUUAAACUUAUUCGGGGUUCUGUUUC